GCUUUCUCUUCUUCCUCGUCCUCGCUUCCUCUUCCUCUCUCCCCCGAGCUUUUCUUCUCUUCUCACCAUGAUUUCCUAUUUCUCGUUCUCCCCCAUGACGACCCCCUUUUCCUGCCGGUAUUGAAGAAGAUUCGACCGAGAUUAGGAACAACCAGCAUCGGGGUUGCUGAAAGGGAGACGGAUUUGCUUCAAAAGAAGGGAGGCACAUACUUCUGCAGUGUGCGGCAGGUUGCCUCCUGCUCACAGCUCCCUGUGAUAGUGGUGGAGCAGCUUGUGUGCCUACUUGAACUGAAGCCAUCGCGAAAGAAAGCUGCCUCUGCCUCCGUCCGCUUGCUACUUAGGUGCCUGGACUUGCUGUUAUCAUUGUUGGGACCAGGAAAGACUCACCGAGCUACGUUAGCGUGAAGAAGAACGCAUGUACUGAGGUUGGCAUUAAGUCAUUUGGUGUUGAUCUACGGAGGAUAUAUCAGAAGAAGAACUAAUAGAGAAAAUUCACGAGUUCAAUUCCAAUCCUGAUGUGCAUGUUGCCGUCCCUGGACUCCGGUGGCGCACCAGCAGGUGAGGGAGGGAGAGAAGGUGUUUAGUCGGGCAGGCGCCAAAGUGGCGGGGGGAUGGAAAGCACAGCGGUGUGCGCGUCUUGCGGCAGCAUCGGGCUUGAGAAUGGAGGUGAUGGCUACUUCUAUUGCGUCGUCUGCGGUUUCCAGUCUCAGGACCUUUUGGAGCAGGGCCAAGAGGACCAGGUCGACUUCACCGUUGACCGCCGCUACGUCGUCCGCUGGCCCAACACCAACCCUCAACCCGACCCCGAUCAACUCUCCCGCCUCCAGACUCUCGCCGCCUUCCAGCGCCUCACUCAGUCCCAGCCUGAUGUCUAUGGCGCCGAUGGCGAUGACCCCUCCAAGCCCUCCCUCCUCGUCGACAACCUCCCCGACCGCCCUUACCCCUUCGACUUCGCCCCUCUCUCCUCCCAAAAACAGAAGCAAGGGCAGACUCCCCCUGACGAGACUGAGGUCGCUGCCGUUCUCAGGUCCCGCUACGCAGAGGGCCUCCAACUUAUGAUGCAGAUGCAAUGCGAGGCCCUCGUUGAGAAAUUCGGUGUCUCACCGCUCAUUUGUGGCAUCAUUGCUCCGAUAUGGUUUAGAUACCUGGCGGCCUCGCGGAUUCUUGAAGAAGGGUGGCAAGAAGAGGCCAAGCUCGCAGAUGAAAUAGCAGCCGUGGAACGACUUGUUACAGAUCCAAGGUACAGUCUGAAGCAUCGGAACAGCUCAAAGUACAGAGCAGAUCUUAGAACUAAAUAUGGGAAGAAAACUGUAUCCAUAUGGAUCAGAUUAUUGAAAAGCAAAGUCCCGUUAUCUUCUUCAUUAGCUAUUUGCUUUUUGGCUUGCCAUAUUUCAAGAGAAGCGGUUUUACCCACAGACAUAGUGAGGUGGGCUGCAGAGGGAAAGAUUCCAUAUUUGGCUGCAUUCAUGGACGUUGACAAAUAUUUGGGUUCUUUAAAUCUGCGCUCAGUAAACUCAAGCUUGUUAUUUCGGCCUACAGAAGUUGUUGAUUCCUGGCAGUUAGAGUCACUUGCUGGAUCAAUUGCUGAACGUAUAGGUUUACAUCUUCCACCUGUGAACUACUUCUCUAUAGUGAAUCGUUAUCUUAAACAGCUCCCUAUUUCCAUCGACAAGGUACUUCCUUAUGCAUGCCACAUAUUUGAAUGGUCGAUGCCCCCAGAUCUUUGGCUUCCUGCUCACCAACACAGGUUCCCAUCCCGUGUUUGUGUAAUGUCCAUAUUGAUUGUGGCAAUAAGGCUUGUUUACAAUAUAAAUGGGUGCUUUCACUGGGAAAGAAACGCAGGCUUGUGGAAGAAGAACCAUAAGAAGCAGAAAUCGAAAAAUAAUGGUACUACCACUGUUGAUGGUGUGGGGUCUUUUCAUGCUGCAGAUUAUACUGUACAUGGUUCUUCAAGGACAGCAACAACCCAGUCAUUGUUAAAAGGCUUAUUACAUGCUAACUGUUCUGAUUCAGAUACCAUUGACCUUCUUUGCAGCCUUGAGACAGCAUACGUAAAUAUCAUUAGUGGACAUGAUUAUUCAAAAGACCUGCCAACUUAUCUGGAAUACUGUAAGGACAUUAUCUUUGCUGGGAAGACAACAUCGUAUGAUGAAGAGAACUUAAUUACACAACUAUGGGAUUUUUUUAAGCAUGAAGCAGAGGGACUAGAUCCACCACUGAAUAAUGAGGCUGGAUGCAUUGGUUCAAAGGCUUCUGUGGUGCAUGUAACCUGUGUGGGAGAAGCUGAUCAUGAAGACACCUCUCCUAAGGUGAUUGAUGGCUCAAGGGUGUGGAUGAAGCAUCAAACUCGUAAAAGGUCAAAAAGAAAGAAUGAUGAUGUUCAAGUCCUUAAUCGGACAUAUUGUGAAUCUAAUUCAAGGAGGACAUUGAGAUGUAUGAAAUCAGACAUGGAAAAACAUGGUUUCUUGUAUAAUUGCUUCAGACGCCACCGCCUUUCUCCAUCUACAUAUCUCCAUUAUAAAAGAACAUUGUUGCAUGGAAGACUAAGAUAUGUGGUGCAUGCUGAUUACUACAUCUUACUUCGAACUUGUGCAAAAAUUGUGGAGGUUGAUGCUCGAAUCCUCCACCUUGGGCUGCUAAAGCUUGAGAAAAGACUGCAGUGGAUCGAGGAGCAAAUAGACUGCAGCUUACCUGCAGUUUUUAAAUGCACAAGCUAAAUUUCUUUCAGUCUGCAUACAUUUAGUAAUUGGAAAAAUAUGUAAGGGUGCAUUUGAUGUGCCCAGAAUUCAUGGAAAUUGCAGCUGCUCGUCUUUGCCACAGGUCACCUCCUUCUCAGCAGCUUGCUUUUCACCAACUCACCUCUUUUGCAGCAUGCUGCCUGCUUUCAGGUAUUGUCCCUCAAGUCUCUCCCUCUCUCUCUUAUUUAUAAAAUGUUGUAAGUCAGGUGAGUGAAGUUUAUCCCAGAUCUUUUAUGUGUGCCGGGUUGUUGGCUAAGUGUCAUAUACUUUUUUGGCUCCUUUCUUGUCAUUGUCCAUUUUGUUUCCUAUUCUGUAUACUGUCAUACUCAUCUUGUUUUUUUUGUCAUAGACACGUUUCAUUCUAUAUAGUUGUGUUGUUAUGGUUAUAGCUUUCUGUUUCUUUCGAUUGUUUCAUCUGAAAACAUACAGAUAGAUGAUUGUGGACAUUGAAGUUUGAUGCUGAGUUAUUUUUCAUAGGGAUUCAACUGUAGUAGUGGGCCUGUGUUUCUGUUGCUUGAUUUGAUCCGAUAUUGAUAUCCCUUUGAACAUUGAGACCUCAAUGUGUAUUGGUUUGGCUCUAGUGGUUUACUUUAUGAUACAUAAGCAAGUUCCAUUUUUUUUUUGUUUUAAUGAACUGCCGUGUUUGUGGGUUCUUCUAAUUUAUUGAUUAACAUUUGGUGAAAGCUACUCAUUGUUCUGACGUCUGCUAAUCUGAGUGUUAGUUAACUUCUUAAUAAUCCUUCUCCCUUCCUGUUUGUUGAUUAGGUUCUUCACCAAAUGUUGCUAGUGGGACAUCUCCUUUUCUGUAACACUGUUUUAACAAAUUGAGAUAAUGUUAUUGCAUUCAAUUGACCUUUACAGGCCCCUUAGUGUUUGAGUUCUUACUCAACAGCAUAUUGUUCCUCUAUUCGCAAGAGUGCUAUCCUUUGCUUCUUGCUUCCUGUACCAAGGAGCAGUAGGCAAGUGUGGUUUUGCUAUUUAGUCGUCUUGCUUCUCUAGCAUGGACUUUGAUAAGAAAACUGAACAGGAUUGCAAUUUUAGAGGCCAAUCCUAAUUGAAGUGGCAAUCUCUAUAGAGGAUGAACUGUUGUCCUUAUAGUUCUUGCGAACCAUGUUGGUUAUCCUCUCUCCUUCUCCCUCCCUUGUCCAUAUUUUCUUUUCUUUUCAAUUUUCACGUGGUACAAGAGCAGACAUUUUCAAUUUAAUAGUUGAUUAUUGUUAAGUUGGCAUUUUAGUCUCCUUGUGGACAUCUUUGAUCAGUUGGUUUUCAGCAUUUUCUGGCGCACAUUAGAGAUUGGAGGUUAACAAAUUUCCACUUAAUCCUAUGAUUUUAGCCUUCAUUAGCAACCAAUGAUUCUCGAAUCAUGCAAUUUCUUUUACAUUUGUAAGUUAAAACUACCUUGUUUGCCCUUGAGGUGAGAGUAUUAUCAUCUACAAGGAAUAAACAGGUGACUGAGUAAUAAUCUACCUUGUUGGUCAUGAUACUUUCCUUAUAUUUUGUUUCAUGGAAACUUUGCUUAUUUAUUUGUUUUCAGUUGUUUUUAUUGAAUGCUUCAGUGAUUUGCUUAUAUCAGGCCAUAUUUCCUUCAAAAACUGCGCUGGGGUGUGGUCAAAACUGGCCAUUGAGAAUACCAAUAUCAUAGUGUAUUUAAAUUAUGAAACAGGUAUGCUUUUUGGGUGCUAGGCAUAUUUAUUAUAUCCUUUAUUCAAGGGUUGCUGUUUGACAUGCAAUGAUUACAUUGUGUAGAGACUUGUUAAUUCCAAACAAUGUUGCUGCAGCAGUUGGAAAAAUGUUUCUCAUGAUUCAUACUUCAUAUGCUGCAGCCUGGUGGACCCACUGCUCUGUGUAGAAGUCAGUGGUACAUGUGACUUGCAUUCAUAUGAAUGCAUGGGGUCAACUUUUUGCUGUUAUUCACAUAAUGUUAGUCUAUAAGGCAUUUGGUUGAGCAGUGGGCUGGUCUGAUUGUGAGUUUGUAAUCGUUGUUUAAAGUGACUGAUAGCCUGUUCAGACAUUGUUUUUCUUGUUCAUUGUAAUUUCUUAAGUAGAAGUAUUAUUAUGAUGUCUGAAUAUGAUUUGCCUUGAAGGUUUGGUAGAAAUCUUAGCCAUCA